GGUGAUACGAUCUGGCCUGUCGACGAGGGAAUCAGCAGAAUCGAUGGAGUUCCGUUGUUCGGCUCUGCCGGCCACGCCACAGACGCACGGCACUGCGGCGAGUAGUCAUGAUGAGUCGCCAUGCCCAGGGCCGUUGCCUGCUGUAAAUCCCACAAGGUUGGCUCAGGUGACUCCGCUGCAAGCCGUGUCCCUGGGAACCAUGGCAACGCCUGAAGCGGAGAGGACGUACACGCACGAUCCCUUGUUGCCAGAGACAAUCGUGCCAAAUGAGGAGUUCCGUUUUGACAGCAAAGAUGAAGCCGAAGAAUUUUACAAGUUCUACGCGGGCAAGGCAGGAUUUGGUGUUCGCAUAACCAGGACUAGAACUACUGUACUGGAGUUAUCGUGUAAUAAACAAGGGCACUGGGAUUAG